GCCGGGCCGAGCCGCGCCGCUCCCUCCCCUCCCGCCGAGUCCUCCGCCGCUCGGAGCCCGGAAUGUAUUUAGAGAAUGGUGACAGAACAUGCAAAAGAAGAAGCUGUGAUCACAGAGAGAUUGCAUAGAUUCAUCAAGAACAGGUCAUACCAGACCUUUUUUGCAGGGUUAUUAGAUAGUAUGCCUCGAAAGUAAUAGAUUUUUCUUCAUAUUCUUACCAUGGAGGACUUGGGUAGGAAGACUUUCAGCUCUGAGAAAGAAGAAAUUAGCUACUGGAAAGACUUAGCUAUACAAUAUAAGCAGCGGGCAGAAAAUACACAAGAGGAACUGCGUGAAUUCCAAGAGGGAAGCCGAGAAUAUGAAGCUGAGCUGGAGACUCAGUUGCAACAAAUUGAAACCAGAAAUCGGGAUCUUUUGUCAGAAAAUAAUCGCCUCCGCAUGGAACUUGAAACAAUUAAGGAAAAGUUUGAAGUGCAACUUUCUGAAGGCUAUGUACACAUCUCUGCAUUAGAAGAUGACCUUGCACAGACUAAAGCAAUUAAAGAUCAAUUACAGAAAUAUAUCAGGGAACUAGAACAAGCAAAUGAUGACUUGGAGAGAGCAAAACGAGCUACUAUCAUGUCUUUGGAAGAUUUUGAGCAGCGGUUGAAUCAGGCCAUUGAAAGAAAUGCCUUUCUGGAGAGUGAACUUGAUGAGAAAGAGAAUCUCCUAGAAUCUGUUCAACGAUUGAAGGAUGAAGCCAGAGACUUGCGACAGGAAUUAGCAGUGCAGCAGAAGCAAGAGAAACCCAGGACUCCUAUGCCCAAUUCUUUGGAAGCAGAGAGGACUGACACUGCUGUGCAGGCCACUAUGUCUGUGCCAUCCACACCAGUAGCACAUCGAGGAUCCAGUGUAAACACACCUGGAUCAUUCAAGAGAGGCUUGGAGGACAGUUAUGGGGGUACUCCUCUCACGCCAGCUGCCAGGAUAUCCGCACUGAACAUCGUGGGAGACUUGCUUCGGAAAGUCGGGGCACUGGAGUCCAAACUUGCAUCUUGUCGAAACUUUGUAUAUGAUCAGUCCCCGAACAGAGCAAGUGUGGUAUCCACGGGGAGAGGCAUCAAGACCAGAGAUGGCAGUGACAAACGGUCGAGCAGCACCAGUGUGCCUUUGGGAGAGAAGGGGUUAGGAAAACGACUGGAAUUUGGAAAACUUCCUUCAAGUAUUCCAUCACCAUCACUGCCAUCACCACAGGGUGUAGUCAAGAUGCUACUUUGAGAAUCAUGGGCAUUGAAGACUGGUAUUCUAGUUUUGUUAUCAUCUUUUAGUUUGAAUAAAAUAACAAACAGGUAUAGUAGUCAACUCCAUGUGUGGUGGACCAAGUAUGUAAGUUGGAGAACUAGCCUGCAGGCAGCAGUUUUCUUACCAAAUUUAGUUUAGUUGCCACUAUCUACAGUGGGCAGACAACAUUUUCUGUUACUUGUUUAUUACUGUUUAUUGUGGAAGUGGCUAUAACUUGUUACCAAAUUCUUGGCCAACUCAGAUGUCAUAAUUGGCUUUGCAGCUGGGAGAUGUUUUACUAGGCAUUGAUUCCUCAUGUAUGUGCCUGCCCAUCCUGCUGGCCUGCCUCCAUUCUUCAAAGGACCCUUAUCACUUUAAAUACACUAUUGAUAGUGAUCCAUUUUGUCCAGUAUGAAAUUACUAGUGCUGUAUAUGCUUAUUAAGGGAUAGUUUAAAUUAUUUUUAGGAAUACAAGGUAGUGUUUCUGUAGAAUAUUUCUUUUAAGAAAGAAUGGUACAAGGUUACCUCUUGUGAUCUAGCCAGAACCUUUUAACCUUUUAUUAAGUUAUUUAGGUAUUUUAUCUUAAGUCCAGUUUCAAGCUAAAUUUCAUUUUGACAAAAGUCAGUAAAAGUUGGUUACUUUAGGGGCGGCUAGAUGGCACAGUGGAUAGAACACCAGCCCCAAAGUCAGGAGGGCCUGAGUUCAAAUGUGAUCUCAGACACUUAAAAUACUUCCUAUCUCUGUGACCCUGGGCAAGUCAUUUAAUCCCCCUUGCCUCAGCAAAAAAGAAAGUAAGUAAAUUGUAACAAUUGACUGUUUGAAGCUACUUGUAGAUGUUGGUUUUAUUUUCAGAUUAGGCAAAUUGAGGCAGGUUGCCCUCUGUAAAAUAAUCUGUAUAAAACAGGCUUCAUACAAAGUUAGAUUUGAAUUAUGUGAGACUUCCUUUAAAGGGGCCCACAGUGAAACUUACUUGUUUUGAAAGGUUUCCUUUCUUUUGAGGAAAGACUGUGACCUAAAGAUUGCUUAAUACAUAAAGGAAUCCAUGCUACUUGCAGGGAUUCAUCACUGCUUGUUUGUAACAGCUAUUAUGUAUCUUCAGACUGGAGUGGGGAACUGCACUAACUUCAAGGGUAUAUUCUCAUCUUGAUGAAUCAAAAGCUUUUGCUCACAAUUUUCCACUGAGUUACUUUUUGGGAAGACAGCAAAAACUUUUGAGUUGGGAGUAUAGCUUUAAUUGCUACUGAAAUUAUUAAGUGGAAAUAUCACUAUUGUUGAUGUUUAUUAAUCUAAGAAAUAUUCUUAACCUGUAUCAGAAAAAAAUGCUAUAUUUUUCUAAAAAAAAAAAAACAAAAACCUUUUUUUUUUGUUAAGGUGAUGCUUCAAGUUUGUUUUAAACCAAGCAAUAAUUCCUAAAUAGUUAUUUAAUGUCAUGAUAAACAAGUCCAAUGUAAUGUUUAAUGUUUCCAGUUGGUUCUGCAAAAAAGUCCUGGAUAAAAUGACUUUUACAGGGUGGUAGUUAAUUUUCACAAAAAAAUGUUAUAAAUGGGCAGUCAGCCAAAUGAUGUUGACAGUGGAGUUUAUUGACGUCAGAGUUUUGUUAUAAUUUAUUAAGGAUUAACUAUUGUGAAGUGAUAUUGAUUAAGGCAAUAUUAUAUGGGAUAUGUUUUUAUUUGUACUUUGUCAUGUGGUCUAAAGCCUUGUGUUUUUUUUUUAAUCAAUUAAAUGGAUAUGAAUUGAAUUAUCUUUGAAAAUAAAUUAUUUCCACACAGGUAGUCUUUUUAGAAACAUUAUUUCAGGUGAAGGCAGUGAUAAAGUAGUGCUAAUGUUUUAUCAAUUUUGAUGAGUACUUGUUACUUCUUAUAUAGAAAUUAGCAGUCUUUUACUCCUCUUGCACCUACCUUAUCCGAGUCUCAGUGUACAGAAUAAAGGUUGUUCUUACUGAUAUAUGUGUGCAAGCUGGUCUUUUGCUAUCUGAAAUCCUAAAGAAAUCUUUUGCUACCCCAUGUCCUUGUUCUCAACACCUAUAAACUGCAGUUGACAUUUGAAAUGACCUUGGUCUUCUGAGUUUGCAAAGAUUCUUGAAAGAAGAAAUUAAGCACCAUCCCCCUUUUAAGCCCUUUCAGUGCCUCCCUCAUAGUUUGGCUUCAAGUUCCACAGUGAUCUCCAUUGGUUGUUGGUGUCAACUUCUCAUGGAGCUUCUCAAGUUCAUUUCUGCCUUAGGACUUCCCCUAUUUUUCUCUUGAGUCCAUGGAGAAAAUUUCCUCAGUAAGAAAAACCCAUUGCAUUCUCGUGAUUUAUAACCUUUUAUUAGUGAAAGUGUCCUUAAGCACAAUCAGGGUGCAUAUAAAAUAGUGCAACAUUUUUGCUUUAUUAUUUUGAGCAAAUUAUUUCAUUUUUAAUGUGUGACUAAUGAAGGCACUUCAUUGUUUUGGUGAACUGUGCAUCUGAAGUAGUGUGAUCAGGAGGGAAAACCCAACAACUUCAAACAAAGGCAUAUACAAAACAGACAAGGGGCUAAGCAGUUAAGAAAAGGAUUUUGGGGAUAGGACUACCUGAUGUGGUGUCUAUAUCCCCAUUUCAUGUAAACUAAGGCUCAA